AUGCUGGUGUUCAGUUCCGUUGGACGAGCAGCAGCAGCAGCAAGUGAUCCGAUCGGGAUGCUCAACUGCGUCACGUCCUGCGGUGGCGUGAAGGUGCCAUACCCGUUCGGCAUUGGCCCCGACGCCAGCUGCUACCUGCCGGGGUUCAGUCUCAUCUGCAACACCACCGGCUCAAAGCCAUGGCUGCUGCUCGACGCCGACGGCAUCAUCCAAGUUCUCCGGAUCUCCGACAACGCUGAGAUCCCUUUACUGGACGUUCAACGUAACGGCGACGUAAAAAUCAGCGUUGAUGCCCAUGGCAACGGCAACAGCACAUUCAGCCGAGGCCUUAGGCGCCACGGCCCAUACACGCUGGCGAGCUACCAGAACGAGCUCAUCCUGACGGGCUGCAACGUGCAAGCCACAGUCAAGAAUGGCAACGUCACCUUGGCCAGCUUCACCUCGCUCUGCAAAGAAGACCUGGCGCCACAAGCAGCAGAGGAUGAAAGCAGCCUGACCAAGCGAUGCUCCGGCGGCACAGGCUGCUGCCACACUGAUAUCGUCACGCCGGCCGGCUACGACGAGGGCGAAGCGUACAGCAUCAGCAGCACCGGCACGUCCAAGUAUGACGUGCAGCUCAGAUGGUUCGGUUGGAACCGUAGCGCGGACCUGGAGCGAUUCCCCGUGCGUGUGUUUAUCGCUGAGAAGGGGUGGUACGACAACACCUCCAUCUCAAAGGAUUUGCUACAGAUAGAUCACCCCAUGUCAAAGGAGGCAAUGGCAGUGCCUGUUACUCUGAGGUGGGAGGUUGUUGGCCAUCCCAUCAGCAGCGUCUGCAAGAGCAACCACAGCGAGCACAUAAAGGGAACACGAAGAGGAAGCUAUGUGUGCCGCUGCAGUCGAGGUUACCAUGGAAAUCCAUACCUCACCGACGGGUGCAAAGGCAAGUGGCCCAGUACAUUUCAUUAUUAG